AUCUUGGCUCCUGGCAGGAAACGGAAACCCCUCCUCCUCCUCCCCCGGGUGGUCAACAACAACGGAGCGCCAUCUUGGGUGCUGGCAAGCGACGAAGGCUGGAAGGACCCUUUCGCCAUCUUGGGUGCUGGCAAGAAGCUGCUGGGAUUGGAGGCAGUUGCCAUCUUGAGUGCUGGCAAGAGGGUCCAGUCAGAGCCAGUGCCCUCUUUUGAGGCCCCUUCAGUGUCUUCCUCCAAGGCCAGUGAAGACAGGUCCCAGGCCUUAAAGACACUGGAGUACCAGGGUGCAUGCCGCAGCCCUGUGCCCUCACACCCUGCCCAAUAUGCCCGGCGGCCGUGCACCAAGGUGCACACGUCUUCCCCUCCACGCCCCACACCACGGGGGAGCCUGCGCAUGUUGGAUCUGGGGCUGACACACUCAGCCAAACGCAGCAAAUACAGCACACGGAUGCACCUGGACGCUGGGCACGGAAAUCCACGUGCCCACCAACAGAGAACGUGGCUUUUGGGCCCCGAUCCCGCAAUGCCACGUACCAGCCGAGCACGCCCGCUGGCGUCACAUGGCAGCCCACGAGGCCCGACGCAGAGGGCGGGGAGGAGAGUGCUUCAGGCUGGCAGGCAUCGCUGCUCUGGGCCUCCGGUGCCAUUCCUAGACAAAGCUGUAACAGGUGAUGAAACAGGACAGGAACAAUGCAAUUAUUGCAAAAUCACGGAUGACAAGCACAGGCGGUUCAGACUGAAGGUUAUGGUGAAACACCAUCGAACCACGCGAAGGUAAGAAAUGCGGUGUAAGACGCCCAAACAGCUUCACGGUGGCUCAGCACAAUGACGAUGACAGAGGAGGGUGAGUAUAGGACCUCGAAACUGGUGAGUUCAUAGCCAGGACCUUGAAACUCUUCUCUCAUAGCCGGGGUGUUCCCAAAUGUCAUUCAUCUGAUCGAUAGAUACCUUCCUCUAGGUCUUUUAAUAGCUGGGGUACCAGAUGAAACUGAAUUUCACAAUCGUGUCAGAUAUUUUUCCUGCAUUUGUUCCCCUCUGGGUGUGAAUCCUCAUGAGCAGUGUAACUUAAUUACAAAUGAAUUUAUGUGGUUCUUGUAGCACGGUGAGGAAUGGGGUGAGAAAAAUAAAUUGUAGGUAAUUAGAAUUAAAAUAUCCCUGAGUGUGAAUAGUCCCAACAAUAUUUGCUGCCAUUGAAGGGCUGAUCGUUGGAAAAAAGGACACUCUGGGCUCGUUCUCUGCCAAUGCGUCUACCCAAGUCAUUCAUCUAAGAGGGUGAAAAAUCACCACCGUGCAUCUGGCCAGCACAAUAGCUAAGGAGCACUUGAACUCCCUAACCAGGCUCCCGUAUGUUGUAAGCGCUGCCUGGAUUUCGUAGCGGAGCCCAGCACUGGGGUGGAACUCAACCCACGGGACUUUCCCAGCAUCAAGUGAGGAAUAUAUUCUCUCAUCUGGAUCUGAGAAAAGCGCAUGCACACUUUCCAGGGAGCCCCCGUUUGACUUGGGACUCUCGUUUCUCUUUGUGCCUUUUCCCUGUUUGCUCUGAACGCGUCACCUGCUGGAACGUGCCCAGGGGAAAGGCGUGCGCAAAGUGGGGAUUUCACUCAAACAGCUGCCAGAGGGUAAUUUCACUCCGACUGCGAGCUCCUAGCGGUGCAGAGCACCUCUGUUGUGUCGGGUGCAGUGCCCGUGGCACCGGGGCUCUGCUCCCUGCCUGGGUCUGCUGUGCGUGUUAUUAAGAACAGCGAUGCUGAGUGCCAGCGGGCACCCGGCAGGUUCAGCCGCACCGCGUAGACUAGGACGGAGUGGCUGAUUGAUUUUUCUUCACCCUUUUCCUAAUGAUCGGGCUAUCCCGUUCUCCCUCCCAACCUGUCCUCAAACAACCUCUCUCCUGUAUCAGGUGCCUUUGGCUGCCUCACCAUUCACUUGUCCUCGUGGUUGGUGGCAGAUUAGAGAACAGGCUGCUGUUUAUUGCUACCUCGAGCUACUGGCAGACGCGGGUACCGAUGCAUUUGGCCGGUACAGAGCUCCCCCUCUCCCUUAGCCUAUCCCUUUCCAGGUCUCUCCGGUCUCUGCUGAGGACAGCUGUCCCUGCGUCACCACCAGAAGGUUGAUGUAAAUGUUGCUGUGAUAAGAGCAGUCAGCUGGCCUGCCCUGGCAAGGGGGAGGAUGUUGCAUGUGGAAGGUUGAGGGUCUUGCAGUCUGUUCACCCGCAGAGCACACAGGCUCUGUCCUAGCCACAGCCCCCGCUGGACUGACCAGUCUUAACAUCAAGACCACCACUCCCGUCAAGAUGGCACCCAAGAAGAAAAACCCCAAGAAGACCAAAACAGAGAAAGGGGAGGCGCCCAUUGCCCCCGUGGUGGUGGAGGACACGUCACUGGAUAUCGACCACCUCAACCACCUCAACGAUCUGUAUGAAAAUGGCUCCAAUGGCUUCCGCUGCACCGCCACAGAGGUCACAAACCCAAGCCAUGGUGCCAGCCUGCUGGAGGAGAUGACUCAAAUGCGCCAGGAGCGGUUCCUCUGUGACCUCACGAUCGUCACCAAAACUAAGUCCUUUGAUGUUCAUAAACUGGUCAUGGUGUCCUGCAGCGAGUACUUCCGCAGCUUGCUGAAGAGAGAUCCCAGCCUGCAGCGGGUGGAACUCAACAACGUCUCCCCUCUGGGCUUGACCACCAUCCUCACGUAUGCCUACACCGGGAAGCUGAGCCUGUCCCUCUACACCAUCGGCAGCACCAUCUCCACUGCCAGCCACCUGCAGAUGCAUGCUCUGCUCAGCAUGUGCAGUGACUUCCUCAUCCAGGAGAUGAAUGUGGAGAACUGCAUGUACAUUGCCAACAUCUCAGCCACAUACAACCUCAACCAGGCGAAGGACGCCACCCAGAAAUUUAUCCGGGAGAACUUCCUGGAGUUCUCAGAGACCGAUCAAUUCAUAAAACUCACCUUUGAUCAGCUCAAUGAGCUGCUGAUGGAUGAUGGGCUACAUAUCCCGAGUGAGGUCAUCGCCUUCCAGAUUGCUAUGAAAUGGCUUGAGUAUGACUCCAAACGAGUCCAGUAUGCUGCCGACCUCCUGGGCAACAUACGAUUUGGCACCAUAUCAGCUCCUGAUUUGGUCAACUGUGUCCAGCCUGUGCCACGUAUGAUGCAAGAUCCUGAGUGCCACAAGCUGCUGGUGGAUGCUAUGAAUUAUCAUUUGCUCCCUUAUCAGCAAAAUACCCUUCAGUCCAGAAGAACCAGGAUCCGUGGAGGCCAGAGAGUGUUGGUCACUGUUGGAGGCCGCCCGGCCUUGACUGAGAAAGCUCUUAGCAGAGAUAUUAGCUACAGGGACGCGGAAGGGAACUGGAACAAGCUGGCUGAGAUGCCAGCCAAAAGUUUCAACCAGUGCGUGGUGGUGAUGGACGGGUUCCUCUACGUGGCAGGAGGGGAAGACCAAAAUGAUGCUAGGAAUCAGGCCAAACAUGCUGUCAGCAGUCUAUGCAGGUACGAUCCCCGCUUCAACACUUGGCUGCACCUGGCGAGCAUGAUGCAAAAGAGGACACACUUCAGCCUCAGUGCCUACAACGGGCUCCUCUAUGCCAUCGGCGGGCGCAACACAGAUGGUGUCCUGGCCUCCAUUGAAUGCUACGUGCCUUCCACCAACAGCUGGCACGGCCAGGCCGGCAUGGAGCUGCCUCGCUGCUGCCAUGCCAGCACGGUCAUCGACAACAAGAUCCUUGUUACUGGCGGCUAUAUCCACCAUGCCUAUUCCCGCAAUGUGUGCAGCUAUGAGCCCAGCACUGAUGCCUGGAGAGACCAGGCUGGGCUAGGCACACCCAGGGGCUGGCACUGUGCCGCCACACUGGCUGACCAUGCCUAUGUGCUGGGGGGCAGCCAGCUGGGCACCCGUGGGGAGCGUGUGGAUGUGAUCCCAGUGGAGUGCUACAGCCCCCACACAGGCCAGUGGAGCUACGUGGCACCAGUGCCCAUUGGGGUCAGCACAGCGGGGGUGACUAUCCUUGAUGGGCGCAUCUGCCUCGUGGGAGGCUGGAAUGAGAGCGAGAAGAAGUACCAGAAGUGCGUGCAAUGCUACGACCCAGACCGAGAUGAGUGGGCCGAUGACGAGGACCUCCCCGAGGCCACCGUGGGUGUGUCCUGCUGCACCAUCACCCUCCCAUCCCUUCGGAGCAAGGGGUCCCGAGCCAGCUCUGUGGCCUCAGCAGCAGUCAGCAUCUAAUAGGGCAGCUGGGGGGCUGGCACUUCCUGCCUGCAGCCCAGGACAGAGACUAGAGCUCAAGCCUUGCCUCAGAUUGUAGGGCAGCUGCGAUCAGGGAGCACGAGGACAAGAACCAUCACGUGGGGGAUGGUGCAUCGAGGGCACAGGGUGGGGAUAGACACAGGGUCCCAGGAACUGGGAAUGCCUGAAUUCUCAUCCCAACUGACAAAUUAACCCCUUCUGUGGCCUUUGGCAGGUCAUUGAACCCUCAGGAAAAUGGGGAUGACCCUUGCCCGUCUCUUCAAGGGCAUUUGCCAAGAGCACUGAAGGAAAUCUCCCCAUGAUCAUCCUCGCAGCUCUGCUCUGCACUCAGUCCCACCCCCAGCUGCAAAGCUCUCCCAUCCCUGCUCCAGCUAACAGGUGCUGGAUCCAAGUGAGGAUGUGUGGCCCAGGGGCUGGGACCUCAUCUUGCUGCAGGCCCCCUUCCAGGGGAAACCCCCUUGAUGUGUGACCCUCAUUUCAUCCAGCCAUACAUAGGCCUGCAGAGCUGGAAUGACCCCCCAGGUCCAUGAUCUGUGAUAAAGGCACUGGUUGGGCAACUGGUUAAACAGUCACUCUCUCAGGCUAAGCCAUGCUUCCUUUCAGCAACAUGGGGCAGCUCCAGCCCAACUCCAGAGCCCAGUCACAAACCAGCCCACGGCCCAACAAGCAAACCAAACCCCUGGCAAGGCAGCACACGGUGCCACAACGGAGUCACCAAGCACAGGCCAGGGCUACCUAACUCUUUCCAUCCCAAGUCCAAUUUUUGUCUCUCAUCCAACCUGCAGGAGCUGGCAAGGUCUGGGAGCAGGUCAGCAAAACUAACACAAGCACAUUCAGAUCCUGCUGCCAGGAUCACAUAGAUAAAUAUCAGAGCACGGCUCCAGCCGGGCCUGGCAGAGCUUUGACGUUUGCUGGAGCAUCAGGUUUCCCUGGAACAUGUGCUAGUGAUUUGCAGCCAGGCAGGUGCUCAGGUUAGAAUAGGUUUCCCCCAGUCCAGUUGUGUUUAAACCAGAUUUGUUCCAAUGCUGCUUCUGAAUGACCCACCAUCCUUUGAGCACAGCCUUUCAUUCCCACUUGCCAGAGCUUGGAGACCUCAAGCAAUGGCUCCUCUCUGCUUUGGAUUCCUCCAGUCAUGCUGCAGGAAGGCAAUACAGCCCAGCUGCCAGUCAGGGAAAAUAGCUCCCACUACAAGCAGACACUGACUUACUAUGUGACCUUAGCACAGCACUUCACUCUCCUCUUGUGCUGUUUCCCCUGCUGCAGGAGACUAAGAAAAGCAUUUUCCUUCCCAUAAAGUGCACUGAGCUCCAGCAGGUGGUAUAGUAACAAAGCUACCUUCUUCAGCCUCGCUCAGGGUCAGGCUGCCACAAAGGGAGAGGCCUGGAUGGCCUACAGCAGUGCACAACAGCCUGGUAUACAGCUAAGAGGACAAGAAGGGUUCUUCCUGCUUUGGACCCAUUAUUUCACUAGGGGUCUUUAGGUUUGCAGGGGUCCAGAGUUCAGGGGGAAAAAUACCACUCACACACACAUCUAAGCUUGGAGUUAUUCUGAAGUUUCUUCAAAUAUCAAUCAAGGCAAGUUUUGAGCUCUAGGAGAGUAUGUUUUGGGCUGCCAGUAUCCCAGGCUGUGCAUCACAUUGUGUUUGAAUUCCUGCUGCUUAGCUUGAAACCACAGAUCACCAAGCAGGGCAUGAGUCAUUGAAACAAGCAGGAAAGAUUUUUAUUUUUAUUAUUUAAUUUCCAGGGGGUUUGCACUUGAUACUGGUUCUGGAGCUGGGUUUAAAAAAAAUAGAAAUAAAUUGGAGUAAAUUCAGUCAGAGAUAGGAAAAGCAAUGUGUUUGUAAAACUGACAGUAGAUACCUGGUCACAUUUGCUACAAGGAAGACACUGGAGAGGUUUCCUCAGACAUCUCUAAACCAAAAAGGACAGGUGUCAGGGAAGGCAAUGAAGAGGGGAUGAAUCAUUCGAUAACCCCUGUUCCACGCUCUUCCUCUUAAAGCCUGCACUCCUACCACUGUCGGUGAGAAGAUACCAGCUUAGAUGGACUGUUGGUCUGACCCAGUUUGGUAUUUCUUAUGUUCUUAGAGCUAGAAUAGCCACUUCUCCCUUAUUACUUGAAGCUAGACAAAUGCAUAAUAAAAAUAAGACACAUUCUUUAAGAGCUAAGAUCAUUAACAGCUGGAAGAAGAGUUGCAAUGGAUUCACCAUUGUUGGUGAUUUUUCAAUCAAGAUUGUCAGUUUUCCUUUAAGAUCUGCUGUAGCUUAAACAAGUUUUAAUCCAGGGAAGGCCUCUGGUCAGUGUUAUACUGCAGUUAAGGCAAGAGGCCCAUAGCGAUUCCUCCUGGCUUUCUCUGGGAACCUGUGAAAGGGAAUUGCUACAGCCCUAAGCAAUUAAAACAGUAAAGAAAGAGCUGUAUUUAUAAGGAUGAAAAUAAAAACACUCUUUUGCUGCACUGGGAAUGAAUAGCCAUGAUAAUUUGAACCAGGAAGUCCAGUUCCAGACCUUCAUACAGGAUAGCUACAGCCUCACGCUCACUGCUUGUAUUUAGCCUCAGUCACUGAUCCCAUUGCCAACUUGAAAGCAGAGGGUGUCCAAUGGGGGGAGUUCAAGAGCUGCAGGGGAAGAAAAGGCCACAUGAACAUUUGUAGCAUGGGCUAAGAUUGCCUGUGCAUUACGAAGACGUGCUGUGGGACCCACCUGAAAGGAGGCACAUGUAUGUAAUCCAUCCAUAACAAGCCCUGGUGGCUCAGGCACAGUUUUGUUCUAGUCAGCUUGAGUUCUGUGAUAACCUAGUAACCCAUGAAGACAAGCUGACUGCCUACCACAAGCAGAGAAGCUGAAGGUCUCCUGCUUGUAUUCUGCAGGAAGCACUAAGAAUCCAGAGCAGAGAACCACAGAGCAAUGUGAAGAGCAGCAAGCUGGAACAUCCCACUGUGUACCAUUGCAUGGCAGGUCUCAAGUGGAACUUGGAGCCAGCAGUUAAGGCGUGACAUGCAGCACUGCAACUGCCGCUCCUUUCCUGGUCUCCAUCCUCGGACCUGGCCUGUUACUGAACUCUGUCACAUGGCAGAAAUUAGGAGCUUUCAAUUCCAGAUGUUACUGUUACAGAGACACUGGAAAGUGGUUCCAAGUUAACUACCCCAACAUCUUGGUCCUGCUCAUACAAUGGGGCACAUAGGAGGCACAUUCAUGCACAAGUCUAUUCCCGAGGCAGGGUGAAGCCACAACAAAGCCCUCUGCAGCUUUGGGACUGCAUUGGUGUGACAGAGGAAACGCACAGCAGACAGAAGCAUGGCACCGAAAAACCUACCUGGGCAUUCUUACUUUCUCCCAGGGCGUGGGGGCCUGAGAGAGUGAAAGGUUUCAAUGCAAGUUAUGAUUCAAGUAAAGGGGUGGAGCAUUGCUAUCUACAGCUGUGAUGGUCCUGGAAGUAUGUAAGAGACAAGGAUUUUCGUGCUAUCUUUUUGUUGAACCAACCAUGUAGACGGGGGGAGAAGUUAAACAAGCUUUCAGGCAUCAAGUGCCCCUAGUCAUGUGCCUUAACAAAGGCUCUUUAUGUCUGAAAGCCUGUCUAGCAUCUUUCCCAACUGCACAAUGGGUCCAAAAAGAUAUCACCAAAAAAACUUCACCUUGGACAAUUCAUUGAAAAAUAGUAAAUCUGGUUUUCCUGUGUGUGUUUUACCUCAGCAGAACUUGCUGUUCUGUUUUCUUUGGAAAGAACCAUCUUCACAAGCCUUGGGGCUCAGGGCACUGGUGGCAACCACAUGCUUUCCAGGGUACAUGGAAGAAAGAACCUUCUAAACUUUGGAGGAACUGAGCCAUCGUGCUAGCCCCCACUUCUGGAGUGCAAUGGUGCAGCUGGGAGAAAGGGGUUCAAUUUGCCACUUGGCUAUGAGUUUCCACACUGUAGGUAUUCUUAAGCUGGGGUCAAGAAAGGUUGCUAGAAAAGCUGCAGUCUGGUGUCGGAGCAACUGCUGAAUCUUACAUGCAUGAUGGAGCAGUGCCAAGGGGUAUUAUGUAUCUAGAUAAAUUGAAUAAAAGAAUUAGCACUGCUUUGCAAGA